CCAGGCGUGGAGGCAGCGAGGCAAGAUGGCAGCCACCAAGAGGAAGCGGCAUGGAGGCUUGGCUGUCCAGGCGAAGAGGCAGAGGAGGAGCGAAAAAGGUGCCAGGCCUCCCGCUAAACAGCGCGAUAAGGCAGAGGAGGCGGAGGAAGGAGACAGAGACCGCAUCCCAGGCCCUGUUUGCAAGGGCAAAUGGAAAAAUAAGGAGCGGAUUCUCAUCUUUUCUUCCAGAGGAAUAAAUUUCAGAACAAGACAUUUAAUGCAAGAUUUAAGAAUGUUGAUGCCUCAUUCUAAAGCAGAUACUAAAAUGGAUCGUAAAGAUAAGUUAUUUGUGAUUAAUGAGGUUUGUGAAAUGAAAAAUUGCAAUAAAUGUAUCUAUUUUGAAGCCAAGAAGAAACAAGAUCUCUAUAUGUGGCUUUCAAAUUCACCUCAUGGACCAUCUGCUAAAUUCCUAGUUCAGAAUAUUCAUACCCUCGCUGAACUAAAGAUGACUGGAAAUUGUUUGAAAGGUUCUCGGCCCCUUUUGUCUUUUGACCCGGCUUUUGAUGAAUUACCACAUUAUGCUUUGUUAAAAGAACUCUUAAUUCAGAUUUUUAGUACACCACGGUAUCACCCCAAAAGCCAGCCAUUUGUGGACCACGUGUUUACUUUCACUGUUCUGGAUAAUAGGAUCUGGUUUCGGAACUUUCAGAUCAUAGAAGAAGAUGCGGCUCUCGUAGAAAUAGGACCUCGUUUUGUCUUAAAUCUCAUAAAAAUUUUCCAGGGAAGUUUUGGAGGACCAACUUUAUACGAAAAUCCUCACUACCAGUCACCAAACUUGCAUCGGCGUGUCAUAAGAUCCAUCACAGCUGCAAAAUACAAAGAGAAACAGCAAGUUAAAGAGGCACAGAAACUGAGAAAGAAAGAACCAAAGACUAUUCUUCCACAUGAUCCCACUGCGGAUGUUUUUGUUACACCAGCUGAGGAAAAACCGAUAGAAAUACAGUGGGUAAAACCAGAGCCAAAAGUCGAUUUGAAAGCAAGAAAGAAAAGGGUUUACAAAAGGCAAAGAAAAAUGAUGAAACAAAAGGUGAACAGUGGAAAUGCAAAGUGAAUCAUUGGAUAAGUCAUCCUUCAGUUACUUUAUAUUUAUUUUAAGUGUGUAAAUAUAUUUUUAUUAUUCAGGACUAUUGUACAUCUAAUUAGUGUCAUGUUUAAAAGAAAAAAAUUAAAAUCUUGUGGUUUUAGUGUUAUCUGUUUUUCUAAAUAAAAUAUCAGCAGAACUCAUCAGUU